GGCGUCCGCGUUCCUCCGAGUGGGGCCUGAUCUUUGACGCACGCGGGGAAUUACCUAAGGCUCGUCGCUCACAAGUCGCAGCCGUCAGGUUUAACAUCCUAGCACAAUUUCUCUCACGAGACCAAGACCAGGACCAGGACCAGGACCGAGACCGAGUCUGAGUCUGUCUGAGCCGGAGAGACGCCCGUGGCCAAACAUGUCGUCGGUCAAGGCCACCAAGAAGAGCGCCUUCUCGUGCGAGCCGUGCCGCAGACGCAAGGUCAAGUGUGGUGGUGAGCAGCCCAUUUGUAACCGGUGUUCUGCGAGAAAGGACGAUUGUGUAUACAAACUCAACCCAACUCUGUCCUACACCCAACGCCUCGAGGAGCGUAUCAAGGAGCUCGAGGACCAGCUCGCUUCCGCCAAGUCUGCCCCUCCGUCUAUUGCCGCCUCGAAUCACUCCAGCCCCGGCGUCUUCAAUGGAGACUCGGCCAGCCACAAUCGCAACAGCGCCCAUGCCGAUGACCAUGGCAUGACAAGGAGCUUUAUGGGCCUCAAAAUUGACGACAAAGGUGGCAUUACAUACCAUGGCCCGACCAGUCUAUUCCAUCUCCCCAGUGACCGGGACACGACCCAAAAUGACUUGCUCUGUUCCGUUGACACGGACGCUCAUCGAAGGGAGCGGCUCGUCACCAACGCAUGGCAUCAGCGCGCAAUGGAAAACCUCUCCGACAUCCCAGAACCAUUUCAAUACCUUCUGAAUGUGCAUUGGUGCUGGAUCCAGCCUCUGUUCAAUUUCAUUUACAGACCUGCUUUCACCCGCGACAUGCAAUCGAUGGGCCCUUACUACUCGCACACACUUCUAAAUGCAAUCUUGUCACACUCCAUCCGCUGGGGCAAGAGUGAUCCCUCGACAAAACGGCUGCUGGAUCAGUCCUACGAUGGCGGUGCCGUAUUCGCGAAGCAUGCCCGUAGUAUGCUGUUCGAUGAAUUGAACCGAGGUGUUAGCACUAUUCCGACAGUUCAGACACUUCUCCUCCUCAGUGCUCAAGAAUGUGGCCAUGGAAACACCACACAGGCGUGGGUGUACAGUGGCCUGGCGUUCCGCCUUAUUGACCAUCUGGGAAUUUGCGUGGACGGUCAGAGAUACCCUGGUUCGGUUCACUUUUCCGACGAGGAGGUCGAGAUUCGCCAUCGCAUCUUUUGGAGCUGCUACUUCUGGGACAAGAUGAUUAGUCUGUACCUUGGCCGCUCCCCAUCCCUACAGCACUCAUUUGUUUCUCCUCCCCAAAUCAUGUUGGAUGAUUCUGCCGAGAAUGAACUUUGGGUUCCAUUUGAUUCGCUUCAUGGCGGGGAUUGGAAGUAUCCUCCCGCUACCGCACAUUCGACAUCCUGCUUCAUGAGCACGUGUCGGCUGUCGGUUAUUUUCAACGAAAUUCUCAUCCAUAUGUACGACCCAUUGAUGCAGAAUACUGAUGCCGAGAUGCAAGAAUGCCUGCAGUACCAAGAUCCAGCCCUGAGACUGUGGUGGGAUCAACUACCCCCUCACCUGAAAAUUGAUCCUCUUGCUCUGCCGGCCCUAGCACCGCCUUCGCAUAUUGUUACCAUGAACGCGCUGUACCAUACGUUUAGAAUCCUCUUGUUCAGGCCUAUGCUUUCUCGUCAAAUACACCCUGAAGAUGAUGGGCCGCACCCGAUUCAGAAUCAUCUUGUGGAAUGUGUCACGUCAGCCACGUCCAUCAUCGCUAUUUUCGACCUCUUCUGCAGGACAUUCACAAUCAAUCAUUGUGUCCUGUCUCUGUCGUACAGCCUUUACAUUGCGGCGACCAUUUUCCUCUUGCAGGUGCAGGCAUCUCCAGAGGAUCAACAAGCACUUCGCAAGUUGAGCUUUUGUAUUCAAGCAUUGAAUCAGGCAAAAUUCGUCAACCCAGUCAUCUCAAGUGCUCUGUCUCUCAUUACAAGAGAAGUGACUAGCCUUGGAAUUAAUCUAGGUGGCGUCAGUCAACAACAACAGCAGCAGCAGCAACAGCCGACACCAACAACUCCAACUGUGUCUCCCGAUGUGCCCCUUUCCGAGUCCAUAUUCCAAACACCACUCGAUGUACCCCUUCAGCAGCCACAGUACUCGCCAGGGCAGCUUUUUCAGACCCCAUGGGCUGACAACCUUGACCCCAACUCUAUGAAUGUAGACCGUGGUGUCUUCGAAGCCUUGUCAUCCUUUCAACCUCUUAGCGUUCGUGUUGGUGCUAUCCACGAAUCUGACAACCAAGCACCUUUUGGAUAAAGGGAUGUCUUUUGUCCCCGGCGGAACAAACACUCGCCAUCCAGCUCGGAUUUGGUCACUGCCUUGUUGGCGCUCACAGCAGGGUUCCCUCGAGCCUGCAUCAUCAUUCGCCUCGACUAACAAAAAAAUCCGACAAUCAGUAACCUCGUGGGUGCUG